GCUGAUGUUGGAUAGUUAGCCGGAUAUCCGGAAUAAACUAUUAAUCCGGCAAUUGGAUGUCUGAAAUAGUGGAACAGUCUUUGAAAUUAUCAGACUGAGCUGCUCAUAGUCAUUUAAGGGGUUAAAUGUUGCUCACCAUGUCCGCUGGUCCUCAUACUGCGACGGGCCGAAGAUAGUAUAGGUUACAGUUGGUAUUUUGUAACUGAAGGCUUGGCUGCUGUGCGUUAGUUGGAGUCCGUCUGAAAGCGGGGCUCUGGCAUGAGACUCCCACGCCGGAGGUCCGCAGCAGCGGUGUGCGGCUGCAAUGGUAUCGGACCUCUGCUGGAUUCGUCAGAGCGGAGCACUCGUGGAGACGGCAGCAUGCAAAAGCAGAUAAAUGUGGCAGGUAGGUGAGACUCCCAGUAAGGCCAGCAGGUGUAUGGACAGCCUGUUCCAAUUAGUGUGCCGGUUUCUGUGAAGGCAGCGCGUCUCUUUAUUGCUCUGUUCAGACAGAGUCUAAGCCUAGACGCGUUUCAGGGUGCUUAGAACGACCCCUUCUUCAGUAGGCUGCUGCGGACCUCCGACGUGGGAGUCUCAUGCCAGAGCCCCGCUUUCAGACGGACUCCAACAAACGCACAGCAGCCAAGCCUUCAGUUACAAUAUACCAACUGUAACCUAUCCUAUCUUCGGCCCGUCGCAGUAUGAGGACCAGCGGACAUGAUGGAAAUCCCAUAGAGGGAGCUGUAAAUGAGUGUAGAAGGGGAUAUAUGUGAUAGAAGAGGAUUACAUGCCUUCCAGCUCUACACGCCGACCUGCCCGAUAUUACAUGCAUUUGUUACACUGAGUGGGAGGAACAAAUUAAUGAAACUGUAGACAAUAAAGAUGAUACCAGUAAGCCUGGCCUGGCUCCUCUUCUUCAUAUGGAUGAUGGGGAAAUGAAGAUUCCAUGUUUCUUAUUAAUAUGGUUACCCUGUUCUAAUGUCAUUGGGAGGCACUCAAAGUGGUUGGAAGACGGAAGGUAUAAAAGCCAACGCUGCCAUUCCGCUAGACAAGAGCAGGAAAGUUGCUGCUUGUGUUUCUGGUAUUGACUAUAAGCCUCAAAGGGGGAGUGGUUCUCUCCAGCCCGAUCUGCACUCCAGGGAGUCUCCAGUGUCAGGUCCUGCUCAGUGAUCUAUUUGACCGAGCCAUCAGACUUUCACAUUAUAUCCAUACGCUAUCUACAGAGAUGUUUGAGGAUAUUGAUCAACAGUAUUCAGAAGGACGCCAACUUAUGAUUAACGCAAUGAACAAUUGUCAUACCUCAACCCUAAAUACCCCAGAGGGCAAGGAGCAGACACUGCAACUCCAACAUGAAGACUUGUUGAGCCUUGUGAAUACAUUACUGCGCUCUUGGUCCCAGCCCCUGCAAUACUUGUCCAUGGGGGCACCAAAUAAUAUGGUUCAGAAGGUGAAAGAAGCUGAGGAACACACUAAGAUUCUUCAAGGAGGAAUAGACAGGAUCUCUGGAAGAAUGCUGACUGAUUUAGAAGACUUGUACCCUGAGUGGUUUGGUCCCGUUGACAUCACGGUGCCACAGGGCGAUCCCGACCUGUUCCCCAUCUACCACUUGUUGCACUGUUUCCGCAGGGACUCUCACAAAAUUGACAGCUACUUAAAGAUCCUCCGAUGUCGCAUGAUAGAAGCCAACUGCUAGGGAAAAGUGCAUUCUAAAUUAAAUGACAACCUUUAUUUCUGCUGCCUCAAAGUACACAUUUUAGACUGGUAAACCUGUGUCCAGUGGAAUCAGUUAAUUUACUAUUGUCCCCAGCCUGCCUACAAAAAUAAUUAACACUUUAACUCACCUUCCGCCACUUCUUCCUAGCUCUGGGAUCAGGAAACCUCAUCUCUGACAGGUCUCUGCUGACAGUCUGCUUCACUGGAGCCGUGAUGUCACAGGAGCGCUGUUCUGCAAUAAAUGGCGGCAGCAGUGUCCCACCUCAGCCAGUGAUUGAGUGGCACUGUAAGCUCCCCGGUGGUGGACAGGGCGCCACUAUACCGGAACUAAUAAAGUGUUUAUAGAUUUUGUAGGCAGCCUGUGGACAAUAGCAAAUUACCUGUUUCCACUGGACAACCCCUUUUAGCCGUACAAUAUGAAUAUUUUAAUGUUACUUGUAACAUCACAUUCAAUGAUUCACAUUCAAAAAAACUUUUUUUUUUUUUGGUAGCACGUAUUGACUUUGGCUUUUAAUGCAAAAAUUGCACCUCUAAACAGUCACAGACAAAUCACAUAUUUUUUGGGGUUGUGCAACCAAAGAUUAAAGGGGUUAUUAAGCAAUAGAAAAUGGCAUGGCAUUAAAUAAAAAACAAACAAACAGACUGGAGUUAAUUUCUUCCAAAAACAGCACCACAUCUGUCUGCAGGUUGUUUGUGGUAUUACAACUUGGUUCCAUUGGUUUCAAUGGAACUGAGGUUUUUGAAGAAAUCAGCUGUUUUUCGAAUGCUGGAUAACCCCUUUAAAGGGGUACUCUGGCGCUUAGACAUCUUAUCCCCUAUCCAAAGGAUAGGGGAUAAGAUGCCUGAUAGUGGGACCCCCCUGAUCUUGCACGCCACACCCCAUUAAAAUCAGUCCCUGGAGCAUGUUCGCUCCGGGUCUGAUUACUGACGAUCACGGGGCCGGAGCAUUGUGACGUCACGGCUCCUCAAUGCAAGCCUAUGGGAGGGGGCGUGACAGCUUUUCUUUGUGUACUUAUUACAAUGAGGCAAGUGAUAGAUUUAUUUUUCUUAUAAAAAUAAACCAUUUGCAAUAAGAAGUUUGUCUUUUGUCUUUGUUUAAAAUACAUUGCCUGUUGUCUUGAGCUCCAGGUUGGUGCCCAUAUAAAGGCACCUAAAGCAACUAGGUUUGCUCCAGAGUAUCUGAGCAGAAAUUACCUGAUAAUCUUCCUGUUUUGCCCAAUCACAGCUCAGCUUUCAUAACAAGAUUUAUAAAUCAUAAAUUAGAUUUUCUGUCUUGAGGAAUAGGUGGAAUAAUGCUUUCCUCUUCAGGUAUCUGGAGCUAAUUCAGCCAUUUCUUAAAGGGGCAGCUGCCACUGAAACCAGAAAUGUGAAGCCUGCACACUGGAAAUUCAUAGUAGAGCGCAAUAGAUGUAUAAAGGGUUUCUAAACCCCAAUUUACAUGUACUGAAAGAGCUGUUGGUGAUAUAAGGGCAUUCUG